AUGAGAACUCAGCUUUGCAUGAAGAAACUCUUGCUCCUUGGUGCCUUCAGUGCCCAAUGUUCUGCUACUGCGUUUCAUCGCUUGGGCGCCUGUCCAACUCUAGGUUGUAUCUUGCCACCUGAUCAAGCUGAUUUCCUCCCUGGACAAUACUUCGACAUCAGACUUGAAGUUCACGCCCCACAAAAUGGUAGUGAAAGAGUGCCAUACGAAGAGCCAGACUCCAACUUCACUUUCACCAUCGCAAAGGACGGCGGGAAUGCUGUGCCAGCGGCUGAGUUCUUCUCGGUCGAGGAACCCAGACUGGAGAACUGGAACUUUACCUGGUAUGAGGAUCUAUAUGCCGAGGCUGCGAAAACCCCUUCCCUUGUCAAAGUCGCUGCAAAGGCAUACAGGCGGGUUGUCCUCUAUGAGCCAGGGCAAUACAUCGCCACUCUCUCAUAUCAGAAUGGCUCAGAAACAGUGGCCAACUGGACCGUCAGAGAUAUUGCCCCGAUUCAACGUGCCAAGAAUGUCAUCCUCUUCAUUGGUGACGGAAUGACCACCAAUAUGAUCACUGCUGCUCGCUUGCUCGGCCAUCACUCCAUCAAUGGAAAGUAUCAAACGACUUUGGCUCUUGACAAAUUCCCUGUUCUUGGUCAUCAAAUGACCCAUUCGAUCGACAGUUUCAUCACCGAUAGUGCCAAUUCUGCUACAGCUCUUUACAGUGGCCACAAAACAACCGUGAACGCUCUUGGGGUCUAUGUUGACAGCUCUAAAAGCCCGGCCGACGACCCAAAAAUAGAGAGCAUUGCCGAAAUCUUUCACAGACUGCGAGGUGGCGGUGUGGGCAUUGUCUCGACUGCCUUCAUCGCUGAUGCCACUCCAGCAGCUCUCACUGCUCACACCCGAGACCGUGGCCAAUAUGGUCCCGUCGUAGACUCAUUCCUCAAUGGAAUCACCAACUACACCUGGACAAACUGGACCGGCCCUGAUGUCCUUUUUGGGGGUGGAGCUGAACAGUUCUAUCCCAAUUCGCGAUCUUUCCAGGGCAAGGAUUACUAUGAGGAGUUCGCCAACAAGGAUUACACUGUUGUCCUCAACAACACCGCCCUCCAAGCUUCGGACAACUCAUCCAAGCAUCUCGGCAUUUUCUCUGUGAGCAACAUGGCCAAGUGGCUGGACAGAAAUGUAUACCCCGAAAACGUCGAUAAGCCAAAGACUGCCCCUGAUGGCUCCAAUUCCAGCGCCACUGAUCAACCCGGGCUCAAGGAAAUGACGCUCAAGGCUGUUGAGAUUCUUCACAACCGCCACCCCGAAGCUGGAUUCUUCCUUAUGUCCGAGGCAGCCAGCAUCGACAAGCAAAUGCAUGUUUUGGAUUAUGACCGUGCUUUGGGAGAACUGCUUGAACUUGACGAUACUGUCAAGGCAACUCUGGCCUACCUCGAGGAGAUCGGUGAGCUUGAUGACACUCUUGUUGUCGUGACUGCCGAUCACGGUCACGGUUUUGAUGUCAUGGGCAGUGUCGACACCAAAUGGCUCAACGAGAAGGAGGAUCCUCGUGAUAAACGCGAGGCCAUUGGCGUUUACGAGCAAUCCGGAUUGUCUGCUUACCUCAUCGCCAACAGCUCUGCUCCUGUUGGGAGCGACCAAAACCUUGUCUAUGGCCCUGGAGUCCACUUCCCCGCCAACUGGGAUCCUCGAUAUACUUUCUAUCAAGGAGUCACAGCCAACCCCGAUCGCCGCGAGAAUUACCAAGUUCAUAAGAAUGGCCCGCGAGUUCCAGCCCUUAAUAUCACUGGGUUCGACAGCGAUGACUUCUAUGUCAACUAUGUUGACGCUGUCACUGGCUUCGUGAUUAACGGAACCCUUCCGGUCUCGGCUGACCAAGGUGUCCACUCCCUGACCGAUGUACCAGUGUUCUCGCAGGGCCCUUGCCAAGAACUUCUCGGAGGUGUAUACAACAGCAUCGACAUCUUCUAUUAUCUGUCUGAAUGCCUUGAUUACGAGAUCGAAUGUACAAAUAACCGUCCGGUGUUGAAACGAGGCAGAAAGCCUCGCACGCCACAAACCAAGGAUGUGGAGAUUCCUCGAAUCAGAACGCCAAUUGAAACUCCAAGUUACAUGUCUUUGGAUGUAAUUUGGCGACUUCUGCGCAUCUAUCGUGACACUAUGUACCAGUGCUACUAUCCGUUUCUCCCAGAGAAUGAUCUCUUGGUACGAUGGUCCAGUGGGAUUCCGGAUCCUUCCACGCCAUCAUACCUGUUGCUGAUGGCUCUCUGCGCGGUCAGCUCUCAGACCGCUGCUUUCAACGCAGUCUUUGAUGACAGCUUGCUGGGAGAAUGUGGUGUACCCGAUAGCCAUCUAUACUUUUCCGAAGCGGUAUCCAGGAUCCCCGCUCAUUUCCCUCAAUCACAGAAUCUCGACUAUUUACGAUCCUUCGGUCUACUUUCCGUCUAUUCCCUCCAGCGAAGCGACACCAAUGACCUUCACCGGUAUCUUGGUAUGUACCAUGCAUUAGUGGCUCAGCAUGGCUUUCACGAUGAAGCUAGAUGGCCUCGUGAUAUCUCUAUCGGUGAGAUCGAUGAGAGACGUCGACUCUUCUGGUGUGUCUAUCGUCUGGAGAUCCACUCUGCAUGCGUUUUCGGCCACGUCGUGCGACUGCCCGAGUCACAGGUCUCCGUCAACUAUCCUCGAAUCACCCCAGCUAUGGACCCCGAGGCCCAGGCAUGGACAGCCGGGUGGGACUACAUCACGGAUCUCUUUCGACUAUUGGAGUACGCCAUUUUCAGUCUCCGUGCAUCCAAAACUCGGAAAGCCGUGUUGGCUGUCUUUUGUGAUCGUCCUUCGCCCACGACAUUGCUUGAUAGUCUCACACGACUCAAAGCCAACAAACCUCGUUCAAUUUUCGACUCCCCCGACGACUCGAGCCAUUUUCAGACUAACAGAUGCAGAUACAUGGCUGUUCAAAUCACCUGCACCGAGACUCUUGUGACUAUCUUGGGUCUCUUGUACUGUCAAGCCCCUGCCGGUGAGGUCAUGUCGCUCGCAGAGACUUUCCUUCAGGAACUGAGCCAAGCGCCUUUGAUCAUGUUCAAAGUUGCCAGUGGACAGAUCGUUCAUCAGCUGCUCGGAGUUGGGCACAUGAUAUGCAAUGUCUCUCGAUACGACAACGGACAAUAUGUUCCAGAAGCUAAACGUCUGAUUACAUUCAUCGGAGAUCUAGUUCAAAACUUGGAACAUGACAUCCCCUCCGCCGCGGCCGCCGCUGAACGACUGCUCAAACUAGCAGAAAACACUUCUAUGUGA